AUGGGGAACGGCAUGAACAAAGUGCUGCCCGGGCUGUACGUGGGGAACUACCGGGACUCCAAGGACGCGGCGCAGCUCGAGCGCUUCCAGAUCACCCACAUCGUCGCCAUCCACGACGCCGCACGCAAGCUGCACUCGGACAAGCACUACCUGUGCGUGAUGGCGUCGGACACGCCGGACCAGAACCUGACGCAGUACUUCUCGCUGUGCAACGACUUCAUCCACGCGGCCAGGCUGCGCGGUGGCAACGUCCUCAUCCACUGCCUGGCCGGCAUGUCGCGGUCUGUGACGGUGGCCGUAGCGUACAUCAUGAGCGUGACGUCACUCUCCUGGAAGGAGGCGCUCAAGGUGGUGCGUGUCGGGCGCGCCGUCGCCAACCCCAACUUCGGCUUCCAGCACCAGCUGCAGGAGUUCGAGUCCUACCGGCUGGCCGAGGAGCGCCGCCGGCUGAAGGAGCGCUUUCCCAGCCUGGCGCUGGUGGCGCAGGACGAGCAGCAGUGCCGGGCCAUGCUGCGCUCCUACCAGUCGCUGGUGCUCUCCAGGGACAUCUGCGAGGGCGACUGCCCGCGCGGAACCGUCUGUCCCACCGGCCUCUGCAACACGCCCACCAAGAGGAGCGUGCUGCGGCGGAAGUCGGCAGGCCCGGGCCCGGUGAGCGGGUCGCGCGGGCCCACGCCGCCGCCCUCGCCGCGCAUGCUGCCGCCCACGCCGGCCGCCGUCACGCGCAGCACGUCUUCGCUGUCUGGCUGCGGCCGGCGGCCGCGCUCCGGCCCGGCCGGCCUGCACUCGUACACGUCGGCGCCCGCGUCGCGCGCCGGCUCGCGCCUCGACAUCUCGGCCAUGGGCGGCACCGUCGUGCUGUCGGCGCCCGCCUCGCCGCACCACUGGCCUCGCCGCUCGUCGCCGCCGUCGCCCGUAGCCAGCCACGCGUCUCCGCCGCCGACGCCGACGCCCGCCCUGCCCGCCGCGGCCACCGCCGCCUCCGCCGCUGCCGCCGCCGUGCACAGUAGGACUGCGUAG